AUUAAUCAGCUGUUCAUAAAACUUGCAACUUCUAGCUGGUUUUGCGUUUUCAUACCUUCUUGCCUAUUUCUCUCAUUGGGGUAAAUAUUGGCUUGCUCUCCGAAAUUUGGUUACUGGAUAUUUUUUGCUGGAUAAUACGAAAACACAACUAGUGUUGCCGACAUCUGUUCGCUACCGGCUAUAACUUUAUUGUAUAAAGAUGUCUUCAAAAUACUCAUUAGAGAAUGGAUCAUGAAUUUCAAUUGCCAGAUAUAGAAAAAUUUCGUAUGUAAACAUUUGGUAAAAUUUUUAAUUAGUUAAUUAAUUUACAACACUGCUGAAAUGGAAAAAGUUGAAAGUGAAAUAAACAAAACGCAUGACGCAUAUGUUUUUUGUUUUGAUCGCAAAAUUCGGGGUAUAUUGUGCAUGAAGUAGCUUAAAUCGAAAAUAGCCAAACGUUUAUUGUCUGCUAAUUUAAUUUUUAAAUAUGAGCAAAUUAUUUGUAAGUUUUAGGUUUCAACAAAGAUUUCUACGCACCUACAAUAUCGAGAGGAAUUUUAAUAAGACCCGUCUUGUUCAUUCUCGAGAAAAUGUGAAGCACUACGGCGGUACAAGGGUCGUACAUAGUCGAUCUUACUUUGGACUUGGAUUGUUGGGAAUGUUAAGCAGUUUUAUUGUAUACGAUGCAGUUGUUAAUGAAUUUAUCUAUAGUGGAGCUACCAUCCGUUUUCUGCGCUCACUCAAAACGGCUUCGUUAAUUGCAGCCGAUUAUAUACUCCUUGAGCAACAUGAGAACGACGCAGACUAUGAUUUGCAAUUAAAGCAUGUGCACUUAAAAAGCGCGAAACGCUUACUUGAGACAUGCUUGCUAAAUGGUGGUCUGUACAUUAAAAUUGGCCAAGGUGUUGCUGCUAUUAACCAUAUACUACCAAAAGAAUAUACAAGUACAUUGGAACAAUUGCAAGACAAAUGUUUACCUACGUCUAAAACUGAUGUGCAGCGUGUUUUCUCUGAGGAUUUUGGUACGAUUCCGGAAAAUGUUUACGCUGAAUUCGAUUAUACUCCAGUAGCGGCUGCUAGUCUGGCGCAAGUAUUCAAGGCAAAGUUAAAAACUGGCGAGGUUGCAGCUGUGAAGGUACAAUAUGGUGACUUGCAAAAACGUUUCACCAGUGAUUUGGGAACCAUUAUGUUUCUCCAGGAUGUUAUUGAAGUAUUUUUCAAAAAUUAUAAUUUUGGUUGGAUAUUGCGCGACUUACGUAAAAAUUUGGUACAAGAACUAAAUUUUGUGAAUGAAGGGCAGAACGCAGAACGAUGCGCCAAAGAUCUCGAAAAAUUCAAUUAUGUGCAUAUACCGCACAUUUACUGGGAAUUUACAAAACCGCGCGUGCUCACCAUGGAAUGGAUUAACGGAUUUAAAGUGAGUGAUGUUGAAAGUAUACAACGCGAGAAUCUUGAUUUAAAAGAUGUAGAUUCAAAACUAUUCAACAUGUUUGCUGAGCAAAUAUUUCAUACAGGCUUUGUACAUGCAGAUCCACAUCCGGGGAACGUGUAUGUACGCAAAAAUCAAAAAUCAGGACAAGCAGAAUUAGUACUUUUAGAUCACGGCCUUUACGAAUUCGUACCAAAAUCAGUGCGUUUACCUCUCUGUGAGUUCUGGGAGGCGACGGUGUUGCGAGACGAGCAGAAAAUGCAAUCGUCUGCUCAGAAAAUUGGUAUCCAAGAUCACAUGAAAUUUGCCGAAGUGCUUUUUCAACAGCCAAUUCGUAUUCAUGGUGGUCGUGUUAAGACGAAGUUAAGUGAAAGCGAUAUUGAAUACAUUCGACUGGUUGCUAAAAAAAAUUUUGAGCUAAUAAUGGGUACACUCAAAGAGAUGCCGCGUAACAUGCUUUUUGUUGUGAGAAAUUUAAACACAGUGCGCGCGAUUAGCCGGCAGCAUGGCGAUGUAGUGGACAGACCUCGAACAAUGGCUCGAUAUGCACAAUAUUGCAUUUACGCCAAAUGCAAUUCACUUCACAGUUACAUAUUUUGGUUUUAUAGGCGAAUCAUAUUUGAAUAUAACUUAUGGGCAUCAUCGUUUCGUUUAUCGUGCCUCAAUCUGUACCUCAAUAUCUUAUACAAAUUAAAUAGGGCCCCUGGAUCGGUACACACGUUACUUAGUGAUAUAGCAAUAAAAGAUUUCAAUUGAUAACAUUUAGCCGAGAGUUAGAGUACAUAUAUAAAUUAAGUGCAAUUUUAUUAAUUACUAAGCAUUAUUUUUGUCUACUAAUGUUUGUACGUAUUAAAAGUAUGCACAAAAUA